UUAAGCGCUUACUGCAUCUACAGCGCUACGGAACACCCACAUCGAUACUCAAUUCGUACAUAUUGGGAUGCCUAUGAACCAAUGCUCGUGGCUGAGGCCCUUUUUGCCGUAGGGAAUGUGUUCAGUUUUGCACGCAUCAUCUACCUGUUCCAAACAAAUCCUUACCUCGGGCCACUGCAGAUCUCGUUAGGAUGUAUGUUAGUUGAUGUCGCCAAGUUCUGUUUCAUAUUCGUCCUAAUAAUUAGCAGCUUCAGCAUCGGUUUGGCACAGUUAUAUUGGUAUUACGAUCCUGAUACUCCUGUAUGCCUGGCUCCCGAUGAUUGUACCCUCAAGUCGAACGUCUUCUCAUCGUAA